UCAUUUGCCUAGUGGAUGACACCAUUUCCCUACAAUAGAUUGGGAAUAACGUGGGGUUCAUCACUACAAGUUGACUACUUUUGUAUCCGGCGCACAGCAAAGUAGAACUCCACGAUGGGUCAACUUCCAUCAAAGCCCAAGAAGGGCGCUAAGUUCCGAGUUAUCGGUGCUGGCAUGUGCCGCACUGGUACGAAGACUUUGAAUGAGGCCCUGAGCAUCCUUUGCGAUGGUCCCUGCCACGAUUCUGGUAUUCAAUCUCUCGGUGGCAGCCCGCACGAGAUAAAGACAUGGUUGGAUGUCAUGACCCUUGCACCCCAGCAGAACACCAAGGAGGAUGAAGAGCAAAUGGAUCACCUGAUCCGUUCGCUUUUCGAUGGCUACGUAGCGACCAUGGACUGCCCGGCUGCGACCCUCGUCCCCGAGAUCAUGCGGGCUUACCCUGAUGCUGUGGUUGUCGCGACGACACGUGAACAGGCGUCUUGGUGGAAAAGCAUGAAACACAUGAAUGGUUUGAUGUCUAACUGGUAUCUGCCCUUGGUGGUCAUGUGGCUGAGGAAGGCUCAAGGUUAUGGGGAAUGGGGUUCCAAGUUCCAAGCACUCAGCAAGUGGAGGUAUGGCUCCGAAGGUAUCCGUGAGCCAACCAAGGCGAUCCAUGAGGAGCAGCUGAAGCAAGUUGUGCCACCAGAGAAGCUAUUCUGGUACAAUGUUAGUGAGGGUUGGGAGCCGCUAUGCAAGAUUCUGAAUGUCCCAGUACCGGAUAGGCCCUUCCCGCACAAUAACAGCAAGCUCGAGGCAGAGAAGACCUGGCAAAGGCAUAUUAUCUGUGGUUCCGGGUCAUGGCUCUUUGUAUUGGGUCUCCUCACCUGGGCUUUAUAUUAUGCCAACAUUUACAUGAACGAGAUGUCGGAUGAGCCUCAGGUGGCAGAGGUAUAAACAGCCGAUUCCUGAUCGCAUCAUUUGUAUUUAAGAGCUGCAACAUGUAAAUAGUUCUGGGUCCGGGUUAUUCGUAAUAUCCUACAUGCCGAUCUUGUUCAUCAGAAAGCAACCCAACCAAACACCUAUUACACAUAUAUUCGUAUUAAUUCCAGAUGCGACCUCAAACAGCUGCAAACCAAAUGAGAUCGACAGCUAUUGCAGAGCAUAGAGUUGUUUAGGCUGGCCGUUGGAACACGAGCUGAACUUCCACCAUCCGCCGUGCCAUGAGCCACCAAUGUUGGUCAACCCCCAUUUGAUCGG